UCCGUGACAGGCCGCCCCCCGCUCGGAGCACUGUACAGUGUACACACGCUGUUUUCAGUAUUGCCGCGUAAUACAUUGCAUCAGGUCGCUUUCUGCCCGUCGACGCCGCUCCACCAGGCGCACGUGUUAUCUACGACGAUAAUAUAAUAAUAUACCAUCGAUAUUAUCAUAUAGCGUUGUUGUUACCACAUUGGUUUUUGCGGUUCGCGCGCUGUAUCUGUCUUGGAAAAUGAAAAACGUCCCCGUCGGCAGAGACGAUUUGUCGGUAUAAAACGUCGUCACGGUGUCACAAUCGAAAAAAACUAAAAACAAUAACAAUAAGUAUACAUUUCGGUAGAGUGUGAUUGCGAUUGACUGUAAACAUAAUAUUCAAAGUUUAAAAGAGAGAAAAAUAAAAAAAACCGAUUUUUACCAUCGCCGCCGUGCGUUUCCAUCGCCCCGAGUACAGACGAUCUGUGCUUCCCUCCCCGAUCGCGACUUUUUUUCGACACCUUCGUUUUUUUUUUCUUUUUUCCUCGUAUUUUUUUUUUUUUUCAUUCUUAAACGUUUUUUCAUUUCUGUUUGAUGUUCAAAUCGCUUACGCCCGUCGCUACUGUAGAAACAUUGCCGUAACGUCGUACCCGCGCGCGUGUAUAUCACUAUUACCUUAACGCAUUCACUCCGAUUCACUAUAUUUGAGUGAAAUUCACCAAUUACGAACACUGCGACCACGAAAAUACGUCAUACGAUUCGGUACCUAAUUUAUGUAUGGUAAAGAAUUACCGCAAGUCGACGUUCAAAAGAUCUAAAGCUGCCCAAAGAGUCGUCACCGAAAUGAAUCAACCAGCCGCAGCUGAGUUGCAGACAAUGUGGAAAUCCAGAAAACUUUGGACAUCCAUUCUGCUGUUUGUAUUGCUGUUUGUCACACCAGGUUUUGCUUCACCUAAGAGACCAACUCAAAAUCCGGAACCAGAUUCCUUGCCAACAUUCGGUUCUCAAGGAAGAAGAUUCAGAGUGGUCACGAAUGACACCGUUGUCCUUCCAUGUGACGUAAUUAACCCGG